CGGGGGAGCGUCCGGGUCGGCUUCCGCUAGGUUGACACCUCAUUAGAGCCCAGGAUGAUUCGGAACGGACACGGCUACCCCGCCCAGGAGAGCGAGCCUUCCCGGCGGACUAUACGGGUGUGGUGCGAUGGAUGCUAUGACAUGGUUCAUUAUGGACAUUCCAACCAGCUCCGUCAGGCACGGGCCAUGGGGGAUUACUUGAUCGUUGGCGUGCACACAGAUGAAGAAAUAGCCCGUCACAAAGGGCCGCCGGUCUUCACCCAAGAAGAGCGCUACAAGAUGGUGCGCGCCAUUAAGUGGGUGGAUGAGAUUGUGCCUGGAGCCCCCUACGUGACCACACUGGACACCCUGGACAAAUAUAACUGUGACUUCUGUGUCCAUGGAAAUGACAUUACACUGACGGUGGACGGUAAGGAUACCUAUGAGGAGGUGAAGAAUGCUCAGCGAUACAGGGAAUGCCAGCGCACUCAGGGGGUGUCCACCACAGACCUAGUAGGCCGUAUGCUGCUCAUGACAAAGGCCCAUCACAGUGUGGAAGCUACUCAAGACUAUAAACGGCACCAAGACAACUUCGGUAAGGAUGCCAGAGGUCGCAGCCCGUGGACAGGGGUCUCUCAGUUUCUUCAGACAUCUCAGAAGAUUAUGCAGUUUGCCUCAGGGAAAGAACCCGAGCCUGGAGAUACUAUAAUAUACGUUGCUGGAGCCUUCGAUCUUUUCCAUAUCGGCCAUAUAGACUUCCUGGAGAAGGCUCACAGCUUGGCUCCCAAGCCGUACAUCAUUGUGGGCUUGCAUUUCGAUCAGGAGGUCAACCUGUACAAGAGGAAGAAUUACCCCAUCAUGAACAUACACGAGAGGACGCUGAGUGUCCUGGCCUGCAGGUACGUUUCAGAAGUUGUCAUUGGAGCGCCCUAUUCCGUCACUUCCGACCUACUGGAUCAUUUUAAGGUGGACCUGGUUUGUCAUGGAAAGACAGAGGUUCUCCCAGACAGAGAUGGAUCUGACCCCUAUGCAGAGCCCAAACUCCGUGGUAUAUUCAGAACAGUGGAAAGCGGAAGCAACUUGACAACUGACGACAUUGUGCAGAGGAUUAUCAAAAACAGGUUGGAGUUUGAAGCUCGGAAUCAGAAGAAAGAAGCAAAAGAACUUGCGGUGUUGGAGGCACAGCUGAAGCGGGAGAGAUUUGUAGAGGGGGAAGAGAACUGAGAGGCCAUCCUCAUCUCCCCAUAUAUAUAUACAUAAUACUAUCCAUCUACUAAUCCAUGAACAAUACUACACACUCCUCCGAAAGUCCUACAUCCAACAUCCAUUCACCGCCACUGCACCCGACAUAUCACACAAGUGGUCUAAGGAUAACAUUUAGAGUUUCAUCAGGGGAUGAAAGAACAUGCAGCGUGCAGAGAGCCCACCUAAUACCAAAUCUGGGUUCUCGUUUCCUAUAAAGAGCAGCUGUCUUAAGGGACAUGGAUGAAACCAGUUAAGGUGCCCCUACACUAGAAGAACAGACCAGUGGGGCUGGUUUACUAAAACUGAAGAGUGCAAAAUCUGGUGCAGCUGGUAGCCAAUCGGCUUCUAACUCCAGCUUGGUCAAUUAAGCUGGAAGCUGAUUGGUUUCUUCCUUUUCUCACAAAAACUGCCCCAUGUUUAACUCCUAUGUGACCCGACUGUCUCCCAUUGGACGCAAGCAGCGCUCAAAAUUUAUUGUGACGUUUGCAAAUAUCUGCCUGUAUAUGGUCAGGCCACGUACACACCACCGGAUCCGAUGGUGUGUACACGC